UGAUCGCAUUGCUGUGGAUUAUAUGUUCAUUUGUGUCCAAAAAAAUGUCAAAGAAUGUUAGCAUUGUUGAGUAUUUUUAUGAGCCAGAUAAUGGAGAUAAAAAAGGCCAUAGAUGUGGCUAUUGCAAUGGCAGCAACACCAGUAUAUCUCAAGGGAUGUGGGGUCAUCAGAUCACCUGUCAAGACUAUCAAGAUCUCAUUGAUAGAGGAUGGCGCAGAAGUGGCGAGUAUCUGUACAAACCAGACAUGAAGAGAACUUGCUGUCCAUUGUAUCCGAUAAGGUGCGGUGUCAUGGAGUUCAAACCAUCAAAAUCGCAAAAAAAGGUUUUGAAAAACGUGAGGAAAUUCCUCUUGGGGAAAUCAUCAGAAGCUGAAACUCAGUCAAGUCACAAUGAUAAAGAGCCAAGAGUCAAACAGGAGGCUUCCUGCGAAAAGAAAAAUGAUGCAACUUUCGCAAAUGAAGAGGGACACUCCGUCGGAGCUGAUCCCAAUAAACCACGAUGCCGUAAAGCUAAGGAAAUACGACUUCAAAGAAAACGACGGAAGUUGGCUGCGAAAGGACUGGAUAUGCCUGAAGCAGCAAAGAAACAGGACGAAGGCAAAUCACUGGAGGAUUUAAUAGCUGAACAUUUACCGCAAAAAGAGUCCAAGCAUCGAUUGGAGGUAAAACUUGUUCGGGUAGACAUGACCGACCGAGUAUUUCGAUCCACUCUACGUGAGUCACAUGACAUCUUUAUCAAGUAUCAGAUGAACAUUCAUAAAGACAAACCAUGUGAAUGUAACUUUAAACAGUUCAGACGUUUUCUCUUGGAUUCACCUCUGGUGUUUGAAAAACACUCGUCUACACCAUCGACCGGUUGGGGUUCUUUUCACGAGCAGUUCUUUUUGGACGGCAAGUUGAUCGCCGUUGGUGUUUUGGAUAUAUUACCUCAUUGCAUUUCUUCUGUGUAUUUUUAUUACGACACUGACUAUUCAUAUCUUUCACUUGGAAAAUACUCUGCUUUGAGAGAAAUUUCCUUUGCGAGGGAGUUGAAUCAGUCAAGUUCGGCAUUGAGAUUCUACUACUUGGGAUUUUAUGUUCAUUCUUGUGCCAAAAUGAACUACAAGGGUCAAUACUUCCCGUCAUAUUUGGCAUGUCCUGAAACGUUCUCUUGGAUCCCUUUGGAGAAAUGUCUUCCGAAAUUGGAUGCUGCGAAAUACAGUCGUCUAGACGAGACUGAUAAAGAAGACCCUGUUGUCAGUAAAGACACCGUCCAAGUUUUAUUUAAAUAUAGAGGUUUUAAAAAACUUCUUGAUUAUCAGACGCUUAAGGCGCGGUUUCAAUCUAAAGACGAUGGAGACGAGGUCCAGCAGUAUGCUCAACUUGUUGGGUCAGUCGUUGCUCAAAGAAUGGCUUUAAUUAGGAAAUGAAUUGAAUGCUCAUGUGCUUACGAAAUAUUUAUUUAUUUUUUUUGGUAGCAAAAAUUCAGUAAAGCAUUGAUCGUGCGCAUAUCGUCAUCAGCUAGGACGAUGUAAAACUAGUGAACUUUGUACUUACUGACAAUCAGUGGCGUAGCCAGCCAUAGCCAGAAGUUUGUCCUAUGUAAAUUUCGGGGGCCGGUUGCACGAAGCACGGAUAGCGUUAUCCAUUGGAUAGCAAAUUUU